GUAAAAACUAUAUAUACAAACACAUUGACGAAAUAUUAUCACAGACUUACCCAAACGCCAAGUAUGUCAUUACAUAACAAAUCAACAUUCACGAGCAUAUGUGCGAAACAAGUACACGAAAAACUACAAAUACAUACAGUUACACCAAUAUUUCAUUCGACAACCAACGGUCAAGUCGAACUCGCUAAAGUCCCAGCACAGGAACAUAACCACUCACCGGAAAACGAAAUUUUUAACGCGGCACGACAAUACAAUGCAAAAAUUCACUCAGUCAAAGGAGAGAAAUCCGAUGACGUGUUCUUCAAUCGAUGAGGGUCAGGAUAUCAAAAACAACUUGAAACAAAUCAAUUAGUUGAUACCAUAAUAAAAAUCUGACUCAAAUUAUGAUAGCUGCUGCAUUAUUUGCCUUAUUGGAGGACCAACGGAAAAUGUUACGCCUUCAUCGGCGACAUCUGAGGGAUACAACUGACCCAUUUCAUUUACCGGAAGCUCGCUUUGAAGAGCUAUUCCGUUUUAAAAAAGAUCCCGCAAUAGCAUUGUUACAAGAGCUAAGUUCUCAUAUGAAAAGUGGCGAAAGGCGUACGUUUGUCCCAAAAUCAUUAAGAAUGACUGCAGCUCUUCAUUACUAUGCGACAGGAUCAUAUUUCAGAGACGUUGGCCAAGAUUUUGUGUGCUCAUUAAGCAAGACAGUUGUGUGUCGUGCAGUAAAAGAAGUCACAAACAUCAUUGAAGGAAAAUUAAUAUGUAAAUACAUUAAAUUUCCAACAUCUUUAGAGCAACAAAACAAAAUAAAACAAACAUUUUUUUCAUCUACGGGUUUUCCUGGGUGCGUUGGUGCUAUUGAUUGCACCCAUGUUAAAAUUAAAAAGCCGGCCGCUGAUGUUGAAUGCUGCUACAUAAACAGAAAGGGCUACUUUUCCAAAAAUGUGCAACUUAUUUGUGACUACAAUUUAAACAUAGUGUCUGGGAACGCGCGUUAUGGUGGUAGUACCCAUGAUGCUUUUAUUUGGGAGAACAGCCAAUGUAAACAAUUUUUGGAAAGGCAAAACGCCAGUGAUGUAGAUUCAAGUUGGCUUAUUGGUGAUUCAGGCUAUCCACAGCAACCAUGGUUGAUGACACCAUUUCGAAAUCCACAGACGAUUGGGCAAAAUAAUUACAAUGAUUCCCACUUUCGGGCUCGGAAUUGUGUUGAAAGGCUUAAUGGAGUUUUGAAAAAGGUAUUUGGGUGCUUAUCACAUGAACGGGGUGUAUUGUUUAAACCAGCAUAUGCUGGAUCAAUAAUAAAUGCGUGUUUAACUUUGCACAAUAUCAGAUUAAAAAGAAAUUUACCAAUUCCAGACAUAAACGUAUCGUCAAAUUUCAGUAUGGAAGUUGACAAUUUGGAAGAGAAUCGUGAAAAUUGUAGUGUGCUAAAUCAAGGCAGAAGAUGUCGGGAUAAUAUAGUACGAAAUUAUUUUAACUAACUAAUUAUUUUAAUUAUAAAAAAAUCACAAAUAAAUUAACAUAAAAAAAGGAUUUUAUUUCAACAAAA